AUGCAUCACAUGGAUGUGAAGACAGCUUUUCUGAAUGGCGAGUUAGAAGAGGAGGUGUAUGUUGUUCAACGAGAAGGGUUCGCUGGCAAGGAAAAUUCAAACAUGGAAUAUGCUCUCUACAAGAAAAUUAAUGGAGUUGAAAAAAUGAUAAUCGGUACAUAUGUGGAUGACUUAAUCAUAGUCGGCUCAAACAAACAAGUUAUAGCUCAGUUCAAGGAAGAGAUGCACCAGAAAUUUGAGAUGAGCGAUCUUGGACUUUUGAGCUAUUACUUGGGUAUUGAGGUACGACAAAGCAGUGAAUCAAUCACUUUAUGUCAGGCCGGAUAUGCAAGAAAAAUCCUAGAGAAGCUAGGAAUGGGGGAGUGCAAUCCUUGUUCGAUUCCCAUGGAACCAAGAAUGAAGAUGAGCAAACAUGGGAAUGGAGAACCUGCGGUUGACAAAACACUUUAUAGAAGUGUUAUUGGAAGCUUACGCUAUCUGGUUAAUACCCAGCCCGACAUAGCCUACUCAGUUGGUGUGAUGAGUAGAUACAUGGAGGCACCAACAACAUCACAUCUCAUAGUAGUAAAACAAAUAUUUAGGUAUGUAAAAGUUACUUUAAGUUUUGGUUGUGUUUAUAAGAAGCUAUCGAAUGUGGAGCUGGUAGGAUUUAGCGACAGUGAUAUGGCUGGGGAUAUUGAUGAUAGGAAGAGUACAACUGGAGUGUUGUACUAUUUGGGAGUAAAUCCUAUAACCUGGGUAUCACAAAAGCAGAAGGUGGUGGCUUUGUCGUCAUGCGAGGCUAAGUAUAUAGCCGCAACUGCUGGAACAUGUCACGGAGUAUGGUUGGGCAGGAUUUUGAGUAACAUCAGACAACUGCAAGUAAAACCCAAGCUUAAUGUUGACAACAAGUCAGCUAUAGCAUUGGCGAAAAAUCCUGUUUACCAUGAUCGAAGUAAGCACAUUGAUACCAGGUUCCAUUUAUGCGCCAGUGUGUGCAAAUUGAAGCUAUUGAACUGGAAUAUGUGA